AUGGAGAACUUCGAUGACGCAUUGCUGCCCCGCGUCCUCGGGCAACUGCUCAGUGGCCCUGCGGCCGUAAAAGCGCUGCGCAGCUGCAGGAGCCUGAACGCGAAGCUGUGGCCGCGGUGCCUUCAAGCCGGGGAGGGUCUUUGGAUCCUUGAGCAGCUGAAGAUGGUCCCCUUGGAGGAACUCCUUUCUCGAGAUGAGAAUCUCCAUGCUUGCUUUAUGUGGGCCAGAGGGCGCACGAACAUCUGCAAGAUUCUCUACAACUCACUCGACCAUGUGCUGGAGAUACACAGAAGUGUGCCAGAACGCGAGCCUUCGGGGGAGAGGGAGACUGACAUGGACCAGCACAAGUCAAAACUUCUAGUCGCCCGGAGCUUGGCAGAGAGCUUCACGGCAAUCGAUGGGAACGAGACUUUGGAGCUGACCAGGCGGAGACUUGGCUUUCCCAAUGCUAUGUCCCAGCAGCUACCAGAGCUUUUUUCGGGUGUGUUGGAGACCGUAGGAGAGGAGUCGCCGGCUCUCGUUGCUCUGGGCCUUGCGGGCUGGAAGGUGUCCGAAGCCUGCGAGCAGAUAUCGGGGCACCGUCGCUGGAGGAGGUUCCGUUUUCAACGUCCAGGGUCGAAGAUCCCGCUGGCGAUUCUCCAUAUGAGCGGUGAGUUUGACCUACCGGGCAUGGACGGCGACGUGAAGGCGAGCCUGGCUUACCUAAGUACUGACUUCGACUACGUGGUCGCGCUACGGGAGUUUUGUUGGGAUUUUCCCAUAUACCGAAAGUUGUCGACCAAGGUCUCCUCCGGCUGGGAGGAUGUGCCAAGGCUCCUGAAUGGUCCCAGCAAAUCGGACCCGCUGCAUCUCCUCAGUUGGGAGGGCACGAAGCCCGAGGAGAUCCUUUCACAGGUCACUUUGCCGGAUGGCUGGGAGGUCGAAGGAACCACUUCAUACAUUUACAUGGAUGACUGUCGGUGCAUCAUGGGCUCCCCAUCCCUUGAGCCUGUUUGGAAUGAUGCCAGGCGAUUGAUGGAGCGAUUGAGAGCCGAGGAGUCCGCAGCUGUCAGAGGGCCCGAAGUCUGA